AUGCAUAUCCAGUCGAUUCCCAUGUGGGUGGGCAGUAGUAACAACUACGCCUACCUGGUCAAGGACGACAAGACCAAUGAUGCCGUCAUCAUUGACCCGGCCAACCCGUCCGAAGUGACUCCCGUGUUGCAAAAGGCUAUCAAGAGCGGCGAGAUCAACCUCACAGCCAUCGUCAACACGCACCACCACUGGGACCACGCAGGCGGAAACAAGAAGCUGCAAGGCGAGCUGGGCCUGGAUAAGCUCCCCAUCAUCGGCGGCAAGGACUGCGAGGGCGUGACGCGGACGCCGGGCCACGGCGAGUCGUUCAAGAUUGGCGAGGGCAUCGCCGUCAAGGCGCUGCACACGCCGUGCCACACGCAGGACAGCAUCUGCUGGUUCAUGCAGGACGGGGACCAGAAGGUUGUGUUUACGGGCGACACGCUCUUCAUCAGCGGUUGCGGCAAGUUCUUCGAGGGUAACGCGGAGGAGAUGCACAGCGCGCUGAACAAGACGCUGGCCGCGCUUCCCGACGACACGGUCGUGUUUCCCGGCCACGAAUACACCAAAUCCAACGUCAAGUUCGCCGCGUCGGUGCUGCAGAACGAGGCGAUCCAGAAGCUGCAGGCGUUCGCGGAGAACAACAAGGAGACGCAGGGCAAGUUUACGAUUGGGGAUGAGAAGAAACACAACGUCUUUAUGCGCGUCGAGGACCCCGAGAUUCAGAGGGUGACGGGGGAGAGCGAGCCCGUUUCCGUCAUGAACAAGUUGCGUGAGAUGAAGAAUAACUUCAAGUGA